UAGACUUGAGAGAGAGAUGAUGACGUGGCAAUAAAGAGAGACAGAGAUAGAGAGGGAAGGCUCUUUACCACACUCUUCCUCUCUUAUCACUUCUCACUUCCUCUUCUUCUUUUGUUUUCAACUCCUCAGGAAUCCCAUACACACAGUUCCGAUGGCGAUGCAGGUGCCGUCGGCGAGGCUUCACGCCGGAAUUCCAUCGGCGAUUUUGUCUCCGCCUCUUAACGACGCCUUGCUCCGGCGACCCUCCAAUUCUUUUGUCCUGAAAUCUUCAUUCUUGCCGUCGUAUUCUCUCAGCCUUCCCGACCAGAAGAAGAAGCCUGUCGUGUCUUCUUCUCCUAGAGUGUUCAUGCGUGCCGCCUCCAAACAAGCCUACAUCUGCCGUGAUUGCGGGUAUAUUUACAACGACAGAACUCCGUUCGAGAAACUGCCUGACAAGUACUUCUGCCCAGUGUGUGGUGCUCCUAAGCGGCGGUUCAGAGCCUACAUGCCGUCUGUGGCCAAGAACGCAAACAGCACAGACGUCCGAAAGGCCAGAAAGGCUGAGCUUCAGAGAGACGAAGCUGUCGGGAAGGCAUUGCCUAUAGCGAUCGGGGUUGGAGCUGUGGCUCUGGCGGCAUUGUAUUUCUACGUCAACAACUCCAUGUGAUUCUAACUCAAGCUACAAUUUGGUUUUUGUAAUCUGAUAUUUCAUUGCAUUUAAAUUCAUGUUCCGCUCUAUUUUUCCACCGUAA